UCCAGUAGGUGGCGGAAGAGAAACAAACGCCAAUACAUCAUUUGGCAUAAAGCAUCACGAAGAAGAAAAAGAAAACGACGACGAAGAAGAAGAAGCGUCUCGAAGCUUGAGUGUGUUUAUUUCAACGCAAACUAAAUACAUUUUCGGACAGCAGUGCAGAGAUGAUUGAGGUUGUGUGUAAUGACCGUCUGGGCAAAAAGGUCCGAGUCAAGUGCAACUCUGAUGACACAAUCGGGGAUCUAAAGAAGCUGAUCGCGGCUCAGACGGGGACCAGGUGGGACAAAAUCGUCCUGAAGAAAUGGUACACCAUUUUUAAGGAUCACGUGUCACUGGGGGACUAUGAGAUCCACGAUGGGAUGAACCUGGAGCUGUAUUACCAGUAGAUCCUGGAGCUCAGACCCAACACACACACACACACAAACACACACACAAUACUGACUUAUAUGUGCGAUAGCAUGCGCAGAAAACAUUAGUUAUUAAUUUCAUUUGAAUUAUGUUUUUUGUUGUUCUUGUUAUUUGGAAAUAAACAAUAUUUAUAAGAAACAA